GCUGCACGCAUCGGUUGAAGAGGCGCGGCGCCCGGGCGGGAGCGGUGCAGGAUCAGCUGGGUGUGCGUGUCCGUGUUUGUGUGUGCGUGGGCGCCUCGCCACCGCUUCUCUUUAUUGGCCUGCUCACCACGCUCACUACCAAGCAUACCUCCAUCACUCGUUAUUGUCUCCAUACUCUCGUCUUGCUCCUCAUAAUCAAAAUAAAGUUUGCAGCUUUUAACCCUCUGAAGGCCUGAGCUACUGUGCUUUUUGAAGAUAAACUGUUGAAAGGAAGACUCAUUUCUGGUCUCUGGGAGACUUGGGAGGAAGACAUGGAUGAUGUGGACACCCAAGAAAGGGAACAUUUCAUCAGGAUUGUACGUGCCUUCAAGGCAUAUAGGUUGGUUGUCACACUCCUUUGGAUCUGGAAAUAAUAUGCUAGAAAGACAGUACUCUCUCAGGAAAGUGACUGAGAAAGAAGCUUAUAUAAAGUCACUGCCAGCACAUCACCAGCUCCUACUACGGUCAUAUCAAUGCCACCUGGAGGAACAGCGCACCUGUAUUGAACAUAAUGCUGAGAUCAUCAAUCUUAUCUUAAAGGAUGUUGACACUAUGUUUGAAAACCUUCAACCACAACCCAUGGUGGAGGAAGACAACCCAGGGAACACAAUGCUGGUGUCAGACAUAGAGAAAGUGCAGUCCACCAUCAGACAGAUUGUACGAGACUGGUCUCCCUCAGGUGCACAUGAGAGGAGCCAAUGCUAUGGUCCCAUCAUCAACAAGAUAGAGCAAUUGUUUCCUCAGGACAGAGUAUGUGCAGAAGAAGUGAACAUCCUUGUGCCAGGGGCAGGGCUUGGCCGUCUGGCCUAUGAAUUGGCCAAGCGUGGCUACACUUGCCAGGGUAAUGAGUUCAGCCUCUUUAUGCUCUUUGCCUCCAACUUUGUCCUCAACAAGUGCCGUGGACUUAACACACUACGGGUUUAUCCAUGGGUACAUGCUGGGAGUAACCUGUUGACUAAUGGUGACCAGUUACGACCUGCUACCUUCCCUGACACCAACCCUUCAGACCUUCACCGACAGGCACAGUUCACCAUGGCAGCGGGAGACUUCCUGGAGAUUUACACAGCAGAUGCUGCUUGGGACUGUAUUGCCACCUGCUUCUUCAUUGAUUGUGCCAACAACAUUGUAGCUUUCAUUGAAACCAUCUACAACAUACUGAAGCCAGGAGGCUACUGGGUCAACCUUGGCCCUCUUCUGUACCAUUUUGCUGAUCAGCCUGGGGAACCAUCCAUUGAGCCCAGUUUUGAGGAGGUCAAGGCCAUAGCAAUGGGACUUGGAUUUGAACUCACUGUUGAAGACAUGGGUCUGCACACAGCCUACACACAGAACACCCAAUCCAUGCUGAGAUAUGAAUAUCGCAGUGUGUUCUUCGUGGCAAGGAAGCCACUUCCACCCAGUUGAUGGUGAGGCUGCAUCUCUGGCUUAGUGCUCAUGAUUUUUCUUCAUAUCCUUUGUUCUUAUCUUCCUCUUCCUCUUUUUCCUCUUCCUCCUCCUCUUUCUCCUCCUCCUCCCACUCCUCCUCCUCCUCCUCCUCCUCAUCCUCAUCCUCAUCCUCAUCCUCCUACAUCCUGUGGUUUUCUCAUAACAGCCACUCCUUUAGAUCAAGUAUUUACUUUCAUCUCAGCAACACGAUGAAUCAGGCUGAUACUCCUUAUGCUGUUCAGGGAGUUCCAAGUUGACUUUGCCUCAUUGCUGUUUGUUAGAUGAUACCCACUGUCAUACCAUAUAGGUAGAUAGCAUACAUGGCUUUAAGGAAAUGCAUUUCAGACAUGUUUUUGUGAAAUGAAGUGCUUUUGUCCAAAUAAUGUCUUUCUUCAUGUGUUGGCUAUGUUAGGCUUCCCAGACAGAAGUACAAUAUACUAUGUGUGUGAGACCUUGUUCCUUUCAGGAACAUCUUCCAAGAGGAUAUCAGUAGCUGAAAAUGUCUCAAUUAUGUAUGUUUGUCCAUGGAAACCUUAAUUUUUUUUACUCUUUAUAGUAAUCAUUACCUACCUGUUUUGCAGGUUUGGCCUGCAUUUAUUUUCCUGAAUUGAAAAAAGCUCAUUUCAUAUUCUUAUCUUUUCUAUAUUAUAUUUGUCACCAAUGUCUAGAAAGUCAAUUUUCAUAUUUGUAUGGGUCAGCCUUUAUUCAUAUGAUAACAACGUACAUUACAGUUAUGUGUAAUUUGUGUCAAAUGUUUUGGUGUCUAGUUGUAUCCAAUGCCUGUUCCCAAGAUAUUUCCAUAGGCUAUGGCCAUGACAGAAGAAUCUGUUUUGUUUUAUCCUUUCAUUCCUUCUUUGGUUGCUCUUAUAGUGUGAAAGUGCUGUGAAGUGUGUGGAAGCCACUUCUAACCAUUUCUAGUUACAUGGGCAUUGGUAUAUUUUGUAGACAGCAAUCAUGCUCAAAUCCUUUUUAUAACAAACAAUCCUGGGUGGAGGAGACCAAGGAAAUACCUAUAUAAUUUGUGGCAGGAGUGAGCAAUCCUGCCAAAAAUUGUUUAAGAUAGAUAGGUUGAUUGAAUGGUGGCUUGCUGAGAGGAGCUGUUGGUAAUGGAGGUGGGACGUGUAUGAAGCAAUGCAUCCUCUAGCAUAUCCUCUUCAUUGAAUGAUAAUAAUCCUCUUAUUCUCCUCUCAUCCCUUUCUCAAAAAACUUGUCUAUCUUAUAAUUAUUCUCAUAGUCAUAAUACUCGUAGUCAUCUCAGUCUUCACCUUUAUUACCAUUUUGCCAAAUCAUGUUAAGCUGACAUACUUUGCCUCUGUUACAACUCCACAUUUCAUCACAUUAAUUUAGUGUGCAUGACAUCUUUGCUUCAUUACUUUUAUCAUCCAUUCUUUGCAUGCCACAUAUAUUUCAUAAGUGAGAAAUUUCACUGAGUACCUCUGCCCUUCAUUCCAUAUUUUAAAUCACUUGUAUGAUAAUAUGUUUGUUCUAUUAUGCAAACAUUUUUUCUUAUGCUUCACAGUUUACUACCUUUUCUUUCAUUGUGCAUCCUUGAAAUCUUAGCGCUUUUCUUACCUCUUUUUCUAAUCUUUCUCAUCUAAUCAUUCAUGCCAUCCUACCUGUAUGUAAUAGGAUCAAGACAUUUCAUAAAUUCUUGGACCUCCUCCAUUUCUUUUAUUCUUUCUUUAAUUACAUACUAUGUUCAUUCAUAUUUCUCCAAAUUAACAAAUGUAUGUUAUGCUAAUUGGAAGAUCUUGUGCAAUACUUCCAAUAUCUAUGUAAAUAUUCAUUCAACUCAUCUUCCAUAAGUGGCAUAUUCUUAUAAUUAAUUCCUUUUUAUUCUCUUGUGCAACUUUGUGAUACUUCAGGCUUUGUUUUUUCUUUUUAUCUUUCCUUUCAUCCUUAACGUCCUCAUUGCUGUGAUUGAAAAAGCAUGUUGCCAAUCACCCAUACGUCCACACAGUGAAUCACUGGGCAUGCCAGUAUUACUUGUACAAGACUCAGGGGGGUAGUCUUUCUCACUCUGUAUCACUGACAGAGUGACCUAACCCUCAUCUAGUUCUCUAUUUUGCCUCCAUAGCUCCACUCACCUUUCUUGAGCAUCAUCUGAAGAAAGACUGAUAGCUGUUCUCUCUCUUCUUUAGUUACUAGACUGUGGUGGCAGCUAUUCUUUUCUUGGAGAGCCAUUUGAAAUAAAAGGGAAAAAAUAAUAGCUCUCUCUUCCUGAGUUGCUAGACUGGACACAGCUGCCAGCCAAUCUUCUUUUGCUUAUGACACUUUCAUCUUUUCUGUAUGUCAAAGAUUAUUUUCCUGGUCAGAUGAGAAGAUAGUGAAAAUGAUUAUAUAUUUAUGACUGAUGAUGAACUUUAUGGUGAUUCCUCAUGCUGACUCCUGAGAGAGUUGAUGGAUUUUUCACCCAUGACUUCCUAGCAAUAUGGUGAGUGUUUCUGUGGUCACCUGAGCACCAGACUGUAUUUGUUUUAAAGCUACUGAUGGUCAUUGUGCCCUUAUUGUUAGCUGCACUUUACUGAAAGUUGUAAUGUAAUGUCACUCAAGGAUUAGGAAGUAGUUUUUCUCAUCUAUCUUGUAAAAGGAGUGUUGCCUGAUUACCACACUUUUGCUUUAUAUAAAGUCCCAGAUUUAUGUAAUUGGUUUUGAUAUUGCUAUUUAUGGCUGUAAAGUUAAACACAGUACAAAAAAGGUGUCUGCUUCACUCACCCAUCCAUUUUUCAUUGUUUAAUGAUGUUAUGCUAAAAAUAGGCUCUUUUGUUGGUGAUUAAGAUUGUACUUGCACUGGAAAUUAUAUAUUACAUAUCAGAGCUCCAGUUCCCUUAAGACAUAGCAUCCACCUUACUAUACAAUUAAGCGUUUUACUUUUCUUUUCCUUUUUCCUUCUUUAUGUUUUGGCACUGUCAACGUCAUGUGCUAAUGUCACUUAUUAUGGGUUGUCAUGUAAUUAGUAGUUAUCCCAAGGUGGCUCUUGUUAGCUGACUCUGUGUCACCAAUUACUAAGAGAUUCUUUGAGAACUGGAAGCUGCCUAGUGAAAUUGUCAUGCAAGACCCAUCCCCUUAUCCCAUAUGUUGUGCUUCAACCAGUUAGAUGGAUAAACUUUGCCUGAAGCUCUUUAUUUACAUUGUAUGCUUGUAAAUUAUAAUGAUUGGUAUUUACCAAGUAGAAAGGGUAGUACUUUGUUAAACUGUCCAUAUUUCAGAUAAUUAAGUUGUACUGAGACUACUUAUGUUUUCAUAUAUGUUAUUUUGGUUACUCAUGUACUUAAAAACAAGAACAACUUUAUAGGUUUGCAAUAUUUGGAGAAGAGGGGAUGGAUUCUCUUGUCAUAAAUAUAGAUGUGUUCAAGAAUUCUUAUCCCAUUUUGAGAUGGAAGAACAGUCCUUGGGUCCAAAAUAGUAUUGUUACUGGACUGUUUCUUCCCAAUCAUCGAUUUUUGUUUAGAUUUACUGUACUGAUGUUAAUCUAGUCCCUUAAGAUUUACUGAAGUUGAAUUUUCGUUGCUGUUUUCUUUAGCAGUGGCAUCAGAGCUACUGUUGCAAGCAAAAACAACAAUUUCCAAUGUUUGAAUUUAGGAAAGAAUUUAAUAAAGAUAGCUAAUGACUCA